CCCAUCUCACCUACUUGACCUACCGCACACCUUGCUUUGGCCAGCACACACUUACAUCUCGUAUUCCAGUGCCUGACCUUGUCAUCCCACUUCGUUCUAUUACUUGGCAGUAGCUUUUUUUUCUUGUAGCUCGAGAUGACGACGAUACGUCAACGUAGGGUGGCACAUGGGCCAUAUGUGCACCAUCAUAUAUUAGGUGGUUGGACUACACCUGAACUCCAACCCUUUCCCCGAGCUUCUUAUUACCCUUAGCAGCUACCUGCAUGACUUUUGUAACCUUAGAAUAUAUCUCUUACCUUUUUUGUAAUUAUUUUUGUGCCUCAUAGCAUUGUACAUACAGAUACAACAUACUGGCAGAUCACUCCCGAUCUGUGUGAUUCUACCCGAGACCUUGCUUCUGCAUCAGUGUAACGAUCUACUCCGAGUAUCGAGUCGGGGUUUAGGAAUUCACGCCUCUGCACCCGCAUCUUCCUAUCUAUACUAUUUUGAUAUCCCUACAGAUGCAUAUCCGAACAAUGAUGGCUUCGCCAUUGAAGUAUGUCGCAGUCGCGGCAGCUCUACUUUCAGGUAGAGCUAUAGCCCAGACAUACUCGUCUUGCAAUCCUCUAUCGAGCUCAUCUUGUCCGGCGGAUACUGCCCUUGGUAUGGCUAUCGAUGUCGACUUUACGCAAGGGGAGGUAAACUCGUUCACAUCCUCGGGCGGCACACCAACAUACGGCUCGGACGGCGUAACAUUCACAGUUAGCAAGAGUGGCGACUCACCACAGCUUGCCUCUGUCUUCUACAUCAUGUUUGGCCGUGUCGAAGUAGUACUAAAAUCGGCCCCGGGCGCCGGUAUCGUAUCGUCUUUCGUGCUCCAAUCCGACGACCUAGACGAGAUCGACUGCGAAUGGUUAGGCGCGGACGCCACCGAGAUGCAAUCCAACUAUUUCGGAAAGGGACAAACCACCUCUUAUAACCGCGGACAGUUCCACGAGAUGGGGAAUAACCAAGAUGGCUUCGUUACAUACAUAAUAGAUUGGACAAGUGAAAGGAUCGUCUGGACUAUUGACGGGACGGUGGUGCGGACACUUACAUCGUCGGAUGCCGAGACGAACCAAUACCCUCAGACACCGAUGAAGAUCAAGUUCGGCGCAUGGUCCGGUGGCGAUUCGAGCAAUGCCGCAGGCACGAUAUCAUGGGCACGUGGUCCUACCGAUUACACCAAGGGGCCAUUUAGCAUGAGCGUGAAGACUCUAAAGGUUACGGAUUACAGCACGGGCUCGUCCUAUAGCUACGGCGAUACAUCCGGCGCCUGGACGUCAAUUAAGUCUAACGGAGGUUCGAUCAACGGUAACUUGGGGAAUGCCGGUACUCUGACCACCACCGCGGUUGCUAGCGGCUCAACCUCGACCGGGUCGGCUAGUGUUCCCGCGGGGGGUAUUGGCGGUACAAGCACCAACACCGCUAACUCCAACCUACCUUCAGGUUGGAGGAUGACGCCGGAGGGGAAGAUAGUGCCGUCUAGUUCGACUUCUUUACGCCCCGUCUUUCCAUUCGUCUUCGUCUUCAGCCUCUGUGCUACUCUCGCUGGCCGGAGAUUCUGGCCGUGAGGCAUCAUCUUCAUAAGCUUAUUAAUAUGAGUAGCAAGAUGCAUUUUUCUAUCUUGCUAUCUUCAGAAAUGUCUACCGACAUUACACUCGCUCAAUUCCGAGUCCCCAGAUCGAGUUGUACGAUAAGUUAGCCUGUUGUCAAGGAUAUUGAACAUCCUUACAUAACUUAGGCGGACCACAGCUUUAAAGAGGACGUUCUACGGGUUACCGACAGCCCGUUUGAGCAAAAAACUGGUGCAACGCUAUCACGUCAUAGCCCCAAAACGAAGAAAACCGUCUCACUAGCAGUGAUAACACUGACUUGGAUUGCACCCCACGGAACUUUUGACGAGGCUUGAGAUGUCAAAUAUAGGGCGCACAUCUAAGUGCACAUUAUGGGGUUAUAUAAAGAGAGGGAACUAAUAGAUUUGUAAUAGAUAUUAGCCCAGGCAUGAUAAGGAGUUGUUGGUUGAUUUUAGGCAAGACAGCGGCGCAUAGCAUGGGAGCAAAUGUUUGUUGAGAACGAAUCUGAACGAGCCAUGAGGAACUGAGGAACCACUAUAGAUAGAGCAUGACAAGGUAUCAUAGAUAGGGCGUAGGUGUUUGACAUCCGAUCACGAAGACACAUAGCGUCCAUUGCCUCAUUAUAGACAUUCCACACAACGUAACUCUUAUCUAAUAAUUCCCACUUUUGAGUAGACGUGGACGUUGUCAAUUGACGAAAGUCGGAUAUGACGAAUAUAUAUUGGCAUUCGGUGAGAUUUGGGGAUA